AGAUUGAAUAUUUCAAUACUUAAAAGUCAUUGCAAUAACAAUAACAUAAAAAGCAUUAACAAUCAGAUCGAUUAUUAAAAAAUUAGUAUCUUAGAUUUUUAAUUAUAAAAAGAAAGGGAUGAUUACAACAAGAAAAAGUUUGAUAAAAUAAUAACAAUAAUUAAAAUCAAGUUUAAAGAUACUCAUUUGAAAAUGAAACAAAUUACUUUAAAAAAGUAUAUAUUUGAUGCCGAAUGAAAAGAAGAUAAAUUGAAAAAUCCUAAGAUCUAUUUUUAAUGAUAAAGAUACAUCCCCGACUAUUGUAAAUUUAAAAAAAAUUAAAAUAGAUAGGAAAUAAAUAAUCUCAUCAAAAACUUAAUCAAGAUUAGAUUAACUUUGAGUUGAUGCCGAAGUGAGUGCAUUUAGCAUUUCAAAGACUGAUAUAGUUAAAAUAAAUUG